UUGCCGCAGAGACGCCCCGCCCCCGCGCGGCGCUGCGGAACCGGAGCUCCAGGCGGCGUCGGCUGAGGCGCGGGAGGCGGCGAGGCCGUGGUGGCAGGAGCCGGCGCGGCGUCCUCAAAGAGAGCGGUGGGGACGGAGCAGACCACGACGAAGGCACACAGGCAGCUAGGCCGGGCCGGGCCACGGGGAGAGCGGCCGCCAAGAAGCGGGCAGGAGGCCGGGCGGGCAGCAGGCAGCCGCCGAGCCACGAAGAGACAUGGUGCUGUACAAGGAGUAUCGAGUCAUCCUGCCUGUAUCUGUAGAUGAGUAUCAAGUGGGGCAGCUGUAUUCUGUGGCCGAAGCCAGUAAAAAUGAAACGGGUGGUGGCGAAGGCGUGGAGGUUCUGGUGAAUGAGCCCUAUGAGAAGGAUGGCGAGAAAGGGCAGUACACACACAAGAUCUACCACUUACAGAGCAAGGUGCCCACGUUUGUUCGAAUGCUGGCCCCAGAGGGAGCCCUGAAUAUACAUGAAAAGGCGUGGAAUGCCUACCCUUAUUGCAGAACAGUUAUUACAAAUGAGUACAUGAAAGAAGACUUUUUGAUUAAAAUUGAAACUUGGCACAAACCAGAUCUUGGCACCCUGGAGAAUGUGCAUAAACUAGAACCUGAGACGUGGAAACAUGUGGAAGUAAUAUAUAUAGACAUUGCAGAUCGAAGCCAAGUCCUUAGCAAGGAUUACAAGGCUGAGGAAGACCCAGCAAAAUUUAAAUCUAUCAAAACAGGACGAGGACCUCUGGGCACCAACUGGAAGCAAGAACUUGUAAAUCAGAAAGACUGCCCAUACAUGUGUGCAUACAAACUGGUUACUGUCAAGUUCAAGUGGUGGGGCCUGCAGAACAAGGUGGAAAACUUUAUACAUAAGCAAGAGAAGCGUCUGUUUACAAACUUCCACAGGCAGCUGUUCUGUUGGCUUGAUAAGUGGGUUGACCUGACUAUGGACGACAUUCGAAGGAUGGAAGAAGAGACAAAGCGGCAGCUGGAUGAGAUGAGACAGAAGGACCCAGUGAAAGGAAUGACAGCGGAUGACUAAAGCCACACACCCCCUUCUGCACUUUUUGCAAGACAGUGGUGAACAGGAAGGCCCAGCAGCUCCACCCUCCAGAGUGACCGGCCAUCUUCGGACGCAGCCUUUCUGUGCCCAUUCUUCAGGCAACUUUCAGUCCCUCACUGUAGCUAAUCCUAGAUGCCCUUUACUGUUGUGAACAAAUAGACCGUCUGGUAUUAUGAAGCCCAUGUGUGCGGGAGCCUGCUGCUCUGAGAUAUGUGGCGUACAGGUUGCUGUAUUUACAGCUCCUCCCUCUCUCCAUUGUAUUCCCGCCCAUUUCAGUGUGUUCUCCCCCCUCCCUCCCAACUUUAUUUCCAAGUGACAUUUUUAGUCUUUCAAAAUAGCUGCCUUUUGUGAUGUGGUGAUUUAAAUGAUUUUGUUUGUUUUCAAUCUUGGGAUAAACGAGGUAAUUUGCUUCCUGGGCAGAUCUUUGCAGUUUUGAGUACACACCUUGAGAGAGGGGAUGAGUUAGAAAUGCGGCAUUCUUCCCUUUCCCAGUUCCACAGACUGGUAAUACGGUUCAUCCUAACUCUGACUUUCAUUCCCACUAACCUAUUGUUCGAGUCCUCUAGGCACCAAGGGGGCACUUCAGGCCCAGCCAGUGUCUAUUUAAGGUUUAACAAAUGCCAAUAACCCUAGCCCCAGGCA